UUGUUUGAGAUAGACUAUUCUAAGGUUAGGUUUAGAAUUAGGCUUCUUCCUUUAGGGUAAUUAUUCUUGCACACAAAAAAACGAAAAAAGAGAACAACUGUUAAUAACAAAUAUUACAAAAUUUUAGAGCCCUGCUUGACGUCAUAACAAAUUGGCGCGAAAAAUGUAAAAGCCGCUUUUCAUGCUGCAGAGUCUCCGCCCUUAAAGACGAGUAAAUACCAGAGCCUGGGGUGUCUGGUUUCCAGGGGCUUAAAAGAGCAGCAAGCCCACUUCAGUUCUCCUGCACCAUUAGACAGAGUCAGUGUAUAUGCAUGUGUGUGGUAGUAUUUAAGGGCAAAUAGUUUUCUAAGCUCUGCUAUGCCGGUGUUUGUGGAAAAUCCCACUCAGUUUUCUAAACAGCGCCUGAAGUCAGAGUUAAUUUCGCAUAGUGUGGAGGUACCGCCUGCAGACAGUGCAAAACAGCUUUAUCUGGAGGUUUAUAUGAAGCAUGUGGGGAAUAAAAACAGUGCUGAUUUCUCUAGUGAUGAAGAGGAGCAGGUCCAAGAUGGAAAUGAAGAGGAAGAGAGAGGAGAGGAUUCAGACAUGGUGGACCUGAGCUUACUGACUGAUGAUCAGUUAAAAUGCAAACUGCUCCAGUAUGGAGUCAAAGCUGGACCGAUUGUAGCUAGCACUCGAGCGUUGUAUGAGAGGAAGCUGCACAGGAUGAUGACCCAGCACUCGCAGCACAGUGUCAACAAUAAAGAUGCUGCUGGGAAAUACUCCGAUAGUGAGGAGGAGGAGUCUGGAUCAGAACAACUUGGCCCAGAGAGUGUGUCCCAUACUGAUCCAAGUGUGACACCUAGUACGGUGGGGCUGAACUAUCAGAGCAAAGAAACAUUUUAUCCUCAGUGCUUUGUCCCCCCUGUGAGACAGAUUGAGAACAGGCUGAGUCCUCAGUCAAAGUCAGCAGAGACUGAGAGAAGCUAUAGCCAGACACCAGUGGCAAGCAGGGCACAAUGGCUCAACAAAAGCACAACGAAUGUGUCAUUCUAUCUGACCCCUGAGUGUUCACCUCUUCAGAAACAAACCACCACAAUAAAACCAGCUAUUGAAGCCGUGGCUGAUGUUCUGAUGGAGAUGUUCCCAGACACUGCACUUACUCCAACUGGGAUCACUGCCACCAAGAGACGAUCUAUAAAGGGGGCAGCAGGUCGUCCUGUGCAGUUCAAAUACCCAGAAACCCUGCUGAGUCCUACCACACUGGAGAGACGGGAGAUCCAGCAGCGUCUGGUUCCUCUGUGGGUGCAGAUUGCCGUCUUCCUUUUGGUGGCUGCUCUCCUAUACUUCAUUUACAUAUCGAUGGAAGAGCCGCUGGAGAAUCCUUUCGGCGCAUUGCUAAAUGGCCUGAGUAAGGAGCCAAGCAGCGAUGACCUUGCACUUGUCCCUAACUCUCAGGACACACACACCUGAGACAGGGUUUAUUAUGGAUUGGACUUACUUGCAUAGAAUUUCAUAGUAAUAGCGGUUGCAGAAUUCUCUCAGUUUAAGUCAAAUACACCUAGAUGUAUAUGGUUUGAUCUGUUCUUAUAUUUACUUGUAUAGGCUUUUACCUUUAUGGAAGUUUUCUACUGUUCACUUAAGCAGAAUCAGUCAAAUGAACUGGUGAAGUGUUGGAUGGAGAGCCACAGGGACCCAUGUCUAACCCACAGGAGUACUGUACGUUCAGUUGUUUUUAUUCCAUUGUGCAAUUAUUGUUGUUGAAUAAAUAAAUGGAUGAAUAUGUCCGAG